AUGGUGCGCGCGGGCGCGCAGAUAUUCUUCGCGAGCGUGCGCGCGGUGCUGGAAAUAUUCUGCGUCGGCGCCGUCGGCGUCCUGGGCGCGCGCCGAGGCUGGCUCGACCGCAAGACGUGCAAGACGCUGUCGACGUUUAAUGGAAACUUUUUCCUGCCGGCGCUGCUUUGGGUGUCGCUGAGCCGCUCGGUGAGCGCGAGCGCGCUGCGAAAGCUGUGGUUACUGCCGGUGACGUGCGUCGCGCACGUGACGCUCGGACUGGCGCUCGGGCUGGGCGUCGUGCGCUGGGCGCCGGUGAAGCCGGGCUUCAGAACCGUCGCGUUGAUGUCGAGCGGAUUCGGCAACUCGCUGGCUUUGCCGGUGGUCGUGGCGAGGGCGAUCAUCAAGAACCCGAGGAUUGGGAAUUUGACGUUCACGAGCGAUGAUAACGAUCGAGCGGUGUUGUAUCUGUCGUCGUACGUGGUCGUGCUGAGCGGGCUGAUGUGGACUCUCGGACCGUUUUUGUUCAGACGACGCGUAGCCGCGAAAGUUUCGCUCGAGGGAGGGGAUGGGGGGGAGAUGAGCGAACAGGCGGAACGCGAUCGAACGCUGAUGCGACAGCGUUCUUUCGCGAAUAGGACUUUAGAUUUUACGCGGACGUUUUUCAAUCCCGCGAUCGCCUCGUGCGUGUUGGGCGUCGCGACUGGGAUGGCGCCGCCGGUGCGAGACAUAAUUUUUAACCCCGGGCGCGCGCUGAGUUGGAUCGGUGGAUCCGCGGAAAUGUUAGCCGACGCGGCGAUUCCUUCGAUUUUACUCGUUAUCGGGGCGUCGUUGGCGUACGGUCCCGAUUACAGCUUGGCGGAUCGAAAGACGUCUCUCGCCAUCGUCGGAGUGCGAUUCGCAAUAAUACCAUUCUUUACGAUUGGGCUGUAUUAUGCCUUUCGCAACGUCAGUGGGAUCGCGCCCGACGAUAAAACGUUUUGGCUCGUCUUCUUGAUGCUCGGCACGACGCCGACGGCGAACAACAUGAUGCUUCAAGCUCAAAUGUUCCACGACGACGAUCGCGCGGGCGCCGGCGUGGGCACGUUGCUGUUUUGGCAAUACCUCGCGUGUCCGGUGUUUCUCACCGCAUUCGUGUCGUGGUACUUAGCCAUGAUCGAUCGGUGA